GACGCAUACAAGCCUAAGUUAGCUAUGAGACUCCAUUUCCCAGCAAGCUCAGCGUUCAGCGUGCGUUAUGGAGCCGCGAGUCGCAGAGCUGAAGCAGAAGAUUGAGGACACCUUGUGUCCUUUUGGCUUCGAAGUUUAUCCCUUCCAGGUGGCGUGGUACAAUGAACUCCUGCCUCCAGCCUUCCACUUGCCCUUCCCAGGACCUACCCUGGCCUUCCUGGUACUCAGCACACCUGCUAUGUUUGACAGAGCCCUCAAACCCUUCUUAAAGAGCUGCCACUUCCAAACACUGAGAGACCCGGUGGAUCAAUGUGUGUCCUACCACCUGAGGAGUGUUACAGAGAAGUUUCCAGAAGUGCAUAUGGAAGUCAUUGCUGACUAUGAGGUACACCCCAAUCGGCGACCUAAGAUUCUCGCCCAGACAGCAGCCCAUGUGGCAGGUGCUGCUUAUUACUACCAACGACAAGAUGUGGAUGCAGACCCAUGGGGGACCCAGCACAUAGCAGGUGUGUGCAUACACCCCCGAUUUGGGGGCUGGUUUGCCAUCCGAGGGGUUAUGUUGCUGCCAGGGAUUGAAGUGCCAAAUUUGCCACCCAGAAAGCCCCCUGACUGUGUGCCUACAAGAGCUGGCCGCAUCACUCUGCUUGAAGGUUUCAAUUUCCAUUGGCGGGACUGGACUUACCGUGAUGCUGUGACUCCUGAAGAACGGUACUCCGAAGAACAGAAGAUCUACUUUUCCACCCCACCUGCCCAACGCUUGGCCCUAUUAGGCUUAGCCCAACCCUCAGAACACCCUAGCACUACAUCUGAGCUUCCUCUUUCCUUGCUUACUAAACCUCAGAAUUCCAGGAGAGCUCGAAGCUGGCUGAGUCCAAGUGUCUCACCACCUGUAUCCCCAGGCCCUUGAUAACUUUUCCCCUUCAGGAUCCCACUCAUAGUAGAUUUAUUUUAAGUAGGAUUUGGGUUUUGAAAAAAACACUUUCUCCUUUUUUAGUUUUUUUGAGACAAGGUUCCUCUAUGUAGCUCAGACCAGGUUGGCCUCAAGCUAAGAGAGAUCCAUCUGCCUCUGUCUUCUCCAGAGUGCUGAUUUUUUGCACUGUGGAAAAACCAUUUUAUUUUAGGUAGGAUUUCCUGAUAAUAGUGCUUCAGACAGUCAAGACUCAAUUUACAUUGGUCAAGAUAAAUCAUAUGCCAAGGCAGACUCAAAAAUCAGCAGUUGACUUCAAAUAUUAGACUCAUGCCCAUUACUAUUUUUUUGUUUUUGUUUUUUGUUUUUUCAAGACAGGGUUUCUCUGUGUAGCCCUGGCUGUCCUGGAACUCACUCUGUUGACCAGGCUGGCCUCAAACUCAGAAAUCCACCUGCCUCUGCCUCCCGAGUGCUGGGAUUAAAGGCGUGCACUACCAAGCCCGGCUUUGUGUAGUACUCUUAAGAUACUAUUUAAGAACCAUGGUUCUCACUGUUCGUUCCUAAAGCUGCUAUCAUUUAAUGCAGUUCCUCAUGUUGUAGUGACCGCAACCAUAAAAUUAUUUUUGUUGCUACCUAAUAAUUUUGCUAGUUAUGAAUCAAUUGUCUUAGGGAAUCCAGUGAAAGGGUUGUUCAACAACCCCUGGGGGCUGAGAAUCACAGAUUUAGCAGCUCCUAGGGGUACCCACCACAUUGAGCUAUGCUGAAUUAAUAUUUAAGUAAACUACAUUGAAACUGCCCCGACCUACAGUGUGCUAUUACUAAAGGCUCAGGCAAUCUUAUACUUAUGCUCAAAUAGAUGUACUUUGAAUUCUGGAAUGUUGGAAGGACAUGAUGUCAUAGGAUUAUUUUGUCAACCCUAACCAAGAAUCCAGAAGAAACUUCCUGACUUUACAGGAUCAGAAAGGAAUAUUCUCUCAUCACAGCUAAAAUACAAGUAGUUGAAUACAAUCAUAUCCAAAGCCA